UUAUGACAACAAGGCAGUAUCGGUUCCACCCACAGCCAUGGCUCUGCCUGACUGGUGCUUGUUUUUGGUGUGUUUUGCAGCUUGCAGCGGCGUGUUUUGCCUUGGCUUUCGGUACAGGGGCACGAGAAGGAGCCGUUGGUUUUGGGGUGUAGUUUCAAGGGUGAUGGCAAGAACCGAGAAACCCCUCUUUAGAAUGGCAUACACGCUGUACACAAGAACUAAACUGGGUUAUAUGUUCUAUAAGAGGCAGGUGAGGAAAGCUCGGGAACGCUUUCCUUCAGGCCACUCUACGGUUCAGCCAACGACUAUAAAUAGUGUGAAAAUUGUACCGAUUCCCGUAUUGACAGAUAACUACAGUUACCUGAUUAUUGACACAACAUCAAAUGCUGCUGCGGUCGUGGAUCCUGCUGAUCCAGAAAUGGUCCAGGCAUGCCUGGAGCAGGAAGGUGUGACACUGGAAGCAAUCCUAUGCACACACAAACACUGGGAUCACAGUGGAGGUAAUAAAGGCCUAAGGAGGCUGCACAGCUCCUGUCGAGUUUACGGGAAUGCCAUGGAUAACAUCCCAGGGCUCACUAAUCCUCUCUCAGACAAAGAUUCAAUAGAAAUUGGCAGGCUGCAUUUUCAGGCCUUCUUCACUCCUGGGCACACAGUUGGUCACAUGGUUUAUCUUCUUGAUGGGAAGUCCAUCGACGGUCCUUCUAGUCUGUUCUCAGGAGACCUGGUAUUCCUUUCUGGCUGUGGGCGAAUGUUUGAGGGGAAUGCCACAACAAUGUUGGCAUCGCUUGAUGCUGUUGCUGCUCUGGCAGAUGAAACCCUUCUGUGGCCAGGUCACGAAUACGCAGAAGAUAACUUGAUGUUUGCUGCUGAGGUCGAGCCCAACAACACAGCUCGGAAAAACAAGUUCCAGUGGGUUUUACAGCAGAGAGAGGGGAAUAUGUGCACUUGCCCAUCAACUAUCCGAGAGGAGAAGGAAUACAACCCAUUCCUGCGCAGCCACUCAACUGAGCUUCAUCAAGCUCUGGGGCUGCAGCAAGAGAGUGAGGAGGACUGGAUCAAGUUCAGAGCCAGAGUUCUUGAGGAGGUGCGCAGACGCAAGGACGUUUUUAAAGGAAGAUAGUGCUCACCUGCUGUGGCAAAAAUGAAGAAGGAAAAUCUUUCGGCAGGAUUUAUUAAGAUUGUUUUGCUAUCCAGUUCUAAUCACUAUGUUCAAAGAGACUCUGUGGAAAGGAGAUAUUAUUUGGAGUCAACUGAGCCAGGGAGGAUUUUGUAUAAGUUAUAAAAAUAAGUUACAGAUCUUCAUCUUUGCUGGUCUAUUUUUUUUUUUUUUAAUUGACCAUUCUUUUUACUGUGAAAUAUCCAACACAAUGCAACUUAAUAGAAUGGGUGUGUUGCAGGCAUAUUGUGGGUUGAAACUUUGCAUCAAGCAAUACAGAACAUUGUGUAUUUUUUCCUUUAAUAUAAAACUGUUUAUAAAUAUAUAAAUUGAUUGAAUAUCAAGGGUUAUUAAUAUCACAAAACAAAGUUGCUAAACUGUAGCCUUGGGUAACACUAGCUUUGAUACUGCAAUGCAUUGGGAAAUUACUAUUGUUGCUUCACUACCUGACUGUUGCAUCAAGUACACAGGUUUUUGAUUUAUGCCAAACUAAGUCUUCAAGUAAUAUGAAGGUGUUGGCUUUAAACCCUAGAAUGAAAUACAUAUUCAGGAAUUUAAUAAAGUUAUAUUAAAAUA